AUGCCGGUUUACGAGCAGCAUGGUGGCUACAAGGCACUUCGCCGCGUGGUUGGGGAAUUGCAACCGACCGACGUCAUCGAAGAGGUCAAAGAGAGCAAUCUGCGUGGUCGCGGUGGGGCCGGAUUCCCCUGUGGAUUGAAGUGGACCUUCCUGCCCAAAGAUCAUCCAGGCCCGAUCUACUUCUGCUUGAACGCCGACGAAAGCGAACCCGGCACGUUCAAUAAUCGCAUUCUCAUGGAAGAAGACCCGCAUCAGGUGAUCGAAGGGCUGAUCAUCAGUUGCUAUGCCACGCGGGCCACCACGGCUUACAUCUACAUUCGUGUGGAAUACCCUCUGGCCUACGAGCGCUUGCAGAGUGCCUUGGACGAAUGCUAUGCCAAGGGAUACCUGGGCCAGAACAUCCUGGGCAGCAACUUCUCGCUGAACAUCUAUCUGCACCGCGGGGCCGCCGCGUACAUCUGCGGCGAAGAGACGGGGCUCAUCGAAAGCCUGGAGGGCAAGCGAGCCUGGCCGCGCAUCAAGCCGCCGUUUCCGGCGGUCGAAGGGGUUUUUCGCAAGCCCACGGUGGUGAAUAACGUGGAGACGGCCGCCUGCGUGGUGCACAUCAUCAAUCGCGGUGCCGAUUGGUUUAAGUCGAUGGGCGUCCCGUCCGAUCCAGAUAACCCUCGAGAUGCCGGAAGUUAUGGCCCCAAGCUUUACUGCUUGAGCGGGCAUGUGAAUAAACCCGGCUGCUACGAAGUCCCCUUGGGCAUCACCACCCGGCAGUUGAUUGAAGACUACGGCGGCGGAGUGUGGAAAGGUCGCAAAGCCAAGGCGGCUAUCCCCGGCGGAAUCAGCAUGGGCCUGCUAAGCGAAGAUGAGUUCGAUCUUCCCCUGGACUUUGCCGGGCCGGGUAAGGCUGGUUGCUUGGGACUUGGUACCGCAGCCGUGGUAGUGAUGGACGAAACCACCUCGAUGGUCGAGUUCCUGCACAACAGUUGCCGGUUCUUCGAUCAUGAAAGUUGUGGGCAAUGCACCCCGUGCCGAGAGGGCACUUCGUGGUCUGUCACCAUGCUGAACCGGAUUCGCGCCGGCAAGGGGCGCUUGAAAGACCUCGAUUUGCUGCUCGAGAUUGGCGACACGAUCGGCAUCAUCCCCGGCACAACCAUUUGUGGUUUGUCCGACGGAGCGGCCUGGCCGAUCAAGAAUGCCAUUCGCAAAUGGCGGGAUGAAUUCGAAGACUACAUCAAACAAACCAACCCCACCGGGUACAUGGAAACCGAGCCAGUCGAGGUCGCACGGCGAGCCGGUGCCGAUGUGCCGCACUAUUGUUGGCACAAGGGGCUUACUGUUGUCGCCAGUUGCCGCAUGUGCCUGGUCGAAACCGGCACCAAGAAUGCGGAGACGGGCGAAAUUGCAAUGAUGCCCAAGCUGGUGCCCGCGUGCCAAACGCCGGCCCGCGACGGGACCGUGUUCGUAACCAAAAGCGAAAAGGUCGAGCAUGCCCGGGCGUUCGUUGAAGAAGCCCUGUUGAUCGAUCACCCGAUUGAUUGCCCCAUUUGCGACAAGGCCGGCGAGUGCCUGUUGCAGGACUAUCACUUCCAGCACGGUCAGCAGUCUCGUCGGGCCGACAUCCGCCCCUUCACCAGCCGCCGCAAAGAUCUGGGCGAAACGGUCACCCUGUUCACCGACCGUUGCGUGAUGUGUUCGCGAUGCGUUCGCUUCACCCGCGAGGUUUCCGGCACUUCAGAACUCAUGGUCGAAUCGCGCGGUGCCCGGGAGGAGAUCAACGUCUUCGACGGCUUCCCGUUGGACAACAAGCUCUCAGGCAACGUGGUCGAUCUGUGCCCCGUAGGGGCCCUGGGUGAUCGCGACUUUCUUUACAAGCAGCGCGUGUGGUUCAUGAAGAAGCACAAUGGCGUCUGCACCGGCUGUUCGACGGGCUGCUCGAUUACGGUUGAAGAGAAUCAAGACACGGUUUACCGCUUGCGACCCCGCGAGAAUCAGGCGGUGAAUCAGUGGUGGAUGUGCGACGAAGGCCGCUACGGCUACCACCACGUUCACGAUGACAAGCGUCUUGUCGAGCCACUGCAACAUGCCAACGGCAGAGAGGAACCACUCGAUUGGUCGGCCGUGGGCGAAACACUCUCCAGUCGACUGGGAUCUGCCGGGCGAUUAGCCGGUGUGAUCUCGCCGCACCUCACUGUGGAAGAAGCGUACCUGUUCGCCAAGCUGCUGCGAUCGUACGACCCGGGGGCGUGGCUGGUUCUGGGGCACAUUCCCACCGCAGGUCAGGAUGAAGUCUUCCCCACUGGGUUCACGAUUCACGCCGAAAAGUGCCCCAACCGCCGCGGUGUGGAAGAAGUGUUGAAGCACUUCGCCGGCGGGGUAACCACCUGGGAUGAGAUCAUCUCGCAGGCCUCCACGUUUGGGGCCGUUUGGCUUACGGGCGGGUACAAGACCAAUUGGGUUGAUGAAGAAACCGCCGGCAAGCUUCGCCAGGCACCACUGCUGAUUGUGCAAGAUAUGUUCCCCUCGCCAGCUUGGGAAACGGCCGACAUCAAACUGCCGGGCGUAGCAUUCGCCGAGCGGGAAGGCUCGUAUGUUAACUUCAACGAUCACCUGCAAACGGCCCAAUGGGCUGUGCGUCCGCCUGCGGGGGCCCGGGUCGAAGGCAGCUUGUACUGGCAAUUGUUGAAGGAGACCGGGCUCUAUAAGUCAGCGCCGGUGUUGGCGGAAGUCGCCGAGUCGAUUCCCUAUUUUGCCGCGGCCGCCGAUGGUGUGCCCGAUACCGGCGUUUAUUUAAAGUCCUCUGAGUUGGCCCCCACCAAGUGA